AUGGGGCCAAGGAGAACGACCCGGGGAUCAAAGAAGCGGGAGGUAGUGACGGAUCCGGAAGAGGCCAAACCUCAGUAUGAUCUCGUCCAGUUUCCCUAUCUUGCGACGCUUAAUGACCCUCAAGCCCUAGCUGUUACCGCUACACCAAGUACCCCCCUGCAGAUUCUGGCAGGGCCCGGGUCGGGAAAGACGAGGGUCUUGACAUCACGGGUAGCAUAUCUUGUCCAGCAUUAUGGGUAUCUACCGAGGGAGAUUGUCGCCGUCACAUUCACCAACAAGUCUGCGAGCGAGAUGCGCAAUCGCCUGAAGAAACUACUGGGGGAAGAGAAAGCAGGGCAGCUCAUCCUAGGCACCUUCCACUCGACUUGCGUCAAGUAUCUUCGUCGUUUCGGAAAGAUCAUCGAUCUGCCCAACAAUUUUGUCAUUGCUGACGCGGAUGACUGCAAGAAACUCAUAGCAAACAUGCUCAAGGAAAGAAAAGAACAACUCGCCGAGAACUCAAUGUCCAUCAAGGAAGGCGCCGUGUUGUCUGAAAUCUCCAAUGCUAAAGCCAAAGGUGAAUCUCCAGAAGAAAUGGCGGUGAGGGCGAGGAACGACAAAAAUCUAUCGACAAGCACGCUUUUGGUCAUAUCCCAGCUCUAUCAAGAAUAUCAAGUGCAACUGCGCGAGAGCAACUCGUUGGAUUUUGAUGACUUGUUGGUGUAUGCGUUGAGGCUGUUUACAGAAGCCCCGAGGGUGGUUGAAGAUGUCAAACAUAUCUUGGUCGACGAGUUCCAGGACACGAAUAUCACACAAUACGAGCUCUUGAAAUGUUUUGCCAAGGCGCAUAUGGGAGUCAGCGUUGUCGGAGACCCAGAUCAAUCCAUCUAUGGCUGGAGAGCAUCUGAUAUCGAAAACCUCAACAAGAUGUACAAGGACUUUCCGGGAGUGGAGGCGAUCUAUCUGGAGGAGAAUUAUCGCUCGACUGGGGCUAUAUUGGAUGCUGCCCAUGCCGUCGUAUCGCAAGAUAGUAAACGUAUCCAAAAGAGCCUUUUUACAUCCCACCCUCAGAGCACACCCGUCAUCCUCAAAACAUUCGCUACGCCCACUAUUGAAUCGAGCUUCAUCUCUUCCGAGAUCAAGCGGCUUAUUGCAUAUUCGGGAGGCAUGCUCAAGUUUGACGACUUUGCCAUUCUGCUACGAUAUAACGCCUUGUCUCGAGUGAUCGAAUCUGCACUUCAGAAAGAUAGUGUCCCAAACAAGAUUGUUGGCGGACACAAGUUCUUUGAACGUAUGGAGGUCAAGGAUCUCCUUGCGUACUUGCAGCUUGCCGACAAUCCUGGCUUCAAUCCUGCUUUCAUGCGAGUGAUCAAUGCUCUUCGCGCCAUCACGGACGGAGCAAAAAAGGACAAAAUCACCCCCAUGGAAUUAUGCGAACGCAUCACCGACGGCGAACGGCUCCCAGAAGGCAUCAAACCGAACGUCCAAAAGAACCUGGCGUCGUUUGUAGGCGCAGUGAGGAAAUUGAGGAGGGUGGCGGAGAAGGGGACGACAGUGUCUGGUUUGCUCAAGAUGGCGAUUGAGAAGACGGGGUAUGAGAAUCAUUUGAGGACUUCUCAGCAGGACUUUGAUUCGCGGUGGGAGAACGUCAAGGAAUUAGUGAGUCCUCACAUAUCCUACAGCGUCACUGUUGCCGAGGAACAAAAUCGGGCCAGCGAGAAUCGAGAGAGUAGAAACUCUGAGGACCUGGACGACAUUGGCUUCCAGCGCCCUUCAACCGCCGUCGUCGAAGCCGUUGCCAACAAAGCCUACGACGAGGAAAAGGCCAAGGAGGAGAAGAAGUUGCACCCCAUGUUUGCGCGAAGUAGGAGUAGAAGCGGUAGCGUGAGUGGGAGUCGAAGUGCUAGUGUGAGCAGAAAGACUGUGAAGACGAAGGAAGGGGAGGACGGGGUAGUGGAGCUGUUGGAUAGUGAGGAUGAGGAGGAUGCUAAGCCAAAGCAGGGGCUGGAGAGCGUCAGCGAAGAGGUGGAGCCAAAGACGGUGGUGAAAGAAGAGAAGGUUGGGAAUGUCGAAGAGGUCUCCGCCGACCUGGUAGAAGAGCUUGCCAAUGCCCCCGAGAAUCUCACGCCUUUGGCAUACUUUUUGCAAGUCUCGAUGUUGUCCACAGAUACCGAGUCUGAGGAGCAGCAGGAGAACAGCGACACGCCCAGGGUCACCAUCACCACCGUGCACGCUGCCAAGGGAUUAGAGUGGCCGGUAGUCUUUAUUCCUGCCGUCGAACAAGGAACGUUCCCUUCAUACCGAUGUACAGAGGAGCAUGAGAUAGCGGAAGAGCGUCGACUACUCUAUGUCGCUAUGACCAGGGCUCAAUGCUUCUUGACUCUCUCGCAUUGUAAUUUCAGAAUGAUGGGCGGGGAAGACAAGGAUAAGCAGCUGAGCGAGUUUGUGAGCGAUGUUCAGCGCAAACUUCCCGGAACUUUUGUACAAGAUCUUCCAAAACCGGAUGUCGAGGCCAGAAAGCGCGUGUCGACAAUGUUGGAAAGGCCGCUUAGCGAUGAGGCUGAUACAACCGCCAUGAUCAUGAAGCAUGUUCGUGCAGCGCCUCCGAUGAGCACCUGGGAUGCGCCAGAGUCUGACAACUGGGGAGGCAAGAUCAACCGCUUUGCUCGCCGCGAAGUCACCAAAACUGCUCGUAGUGCGGAAUAUUGGGCUUCCGGGACCGACGAUUACGCUCUCCCUGGGUCCGCCGGCUCGUCCACGUCGGGCUUCCAAACCGCUCGUUCAAGUAUGUCCCAAUCUCGCCCCCCCUUUUCGUCCGAGCCAAAAAAGCCGCCCCCUCGGCCAGUCAACAACCUGUCUGCAAACCGAAACCUUCCGACUGCACUACCAUUCACGUUCAACACGACGCCACAGCAGAGCGAGGAGGCGUCGCUGGGAUCAUUUAUGAGUGGAUCAAACAAGGGGUUGGAGAUGAUGGCAGGUCUGGGUGGACUGCCGCCUGCCGAGACGCCAGUAUCCGGAGCAAGCGCGGCUGGUGCGCGAGGGACCAAGAGGCUAGGUAUGGGCCGACCUGCCCCUUGGGGUAGUAAGAAGUCUCGAGAGGAGUAA